AUGAACUCGCUCUUCGCACGCCUGUCGCGCCCCUUCACAUCCUCGACCAUGCGCUUCGGACCUGAGGGACCCGGCGCCGUCUCUGUCCCCGAAGGCACCGAGAAGGCGACAGUAGCAGCAGGCUGUUUCUGGGGUGUUGAGCACAUGUACCGCCACCACUUCCCCAAGGACGCCGUGCUGGAUGCCAGAGUCGGCUACAUUGGCGGCGACACCCAGAACCCCAGCUACCGCGCUGUCUGCACUGGAAGGACUGGUCCUCUUCAAAUCUACUACAACCCCGAGAAAGUGUCAUACCAAAAACUGCUCGAAUUCUUCUACCGCAUGCACGACCCCACCACCGAAGACCGUCAAGGCCCCGAUGUAGGCACACAAUACCGCAGCGGCAUCUUCACCCACAACGACCAGCAAGACAAGAUUGCCAGAGAAGUCACCAAGAAGGUCCAAGAGCAGUGGUGGAAGCAAGGCAAGAUUGCCACCGAGAUUCUGCCCGCAGGCGAGUGGUGGGACGCAGAGGCCUACCACCAAAAGUACUUGGAUGUCAACCCUGGCGGUUACGAGUGCCCGAGUCACUUCUUGAGAAAGUUCCCUGAUCUUGAUUGA